AUGAGGGAUUAUUUUGAUGAAAAUCCAACAUGGGGUCCCAACGUAUUUAGGCGGCAUUUUCGGAUGCGGAAAGAGUUAUUCACUCGCAUAGUGAAUGCCUUGGAAGCCAACAACACAUGGUUUCAACAAAGACCCGAUGCCACAGGGAAGAAAGGGUACGAGUGCUUGCGCCACUUCUGCCGAGGUGUUAUUGAGGUUUUCGGUGCACACUACUUGAGGAGGCCAACCGUUGAUGACUAUCAGCGUUUGAUGAAAAUGCACGAGCAGAGGCAUGGCUUUCCUGGAAUGCUCGAAAGUCUUGAUUGUAUACACUGGACAUGGAAAAAUUGUCUAGUAGCAUGGAAAUGCCAAUUCACCAAUGGCGAUCAUGGAGUCCCAACAAUUAUGCUUGAAGUGGUUGCAUCUCAAGAUUUGUGGAUUUGGCAUGUUUUUUUUGGAGUUGCAGGGUCCAACAAUGAUAUAAACGUGCUCAAUCAAUCUCCACUAUUCAACGUCGUUCUACAAGGGCGAGCGCCUUCCAUCCCAUUCACAGUAAAUGGCACGCAAUAUGCUCAUGGAUACUACCUAACAGACGGUAAAUAUCCUGAGUGGACAACUUUUGUCAAGAGCUUCCAACAUCCUCAAGAUCCAAAAAGAAGGAAGUUCAAGGAAAUGCAAGAAGCUGCGAGGAAGGAUGUAGAACGCACAUUUGGGGUUCUCCAAGCUCGUUGGGCAAUGAUUAGAGGUCCGAGUCGCCUCUGGUAUAAAGAAAACAUCACUGACAUUAUGUAUGCUUGCAUUAUUUUACAUAAUAUGAUAAUUGAAGAUGAAGGGAAAAUGGCAAGUCAGUGGGUCGAAGACGAACCAAGCACGUCGAGCAAUAAUAUUGCAGGGAAAAUAAAUCGUGGUUUGGUAGGAGGAUUCAACGAGUACCUCAAAAGGGGUGCUAGAGUACGUGACAAAACAAUACAUCACCAACUUCGAUCCGAUCUGGUUGAGCACGUGUGGGCGCGAUUCGGCGAUGAUUAG